AAGCUGGAGCGAGUGAGUCUCUGCUGGGGUUUGCACACACUCCAUCUACUUGCUGUUGUGAAGUAAAUUCUUUAUUUUUUAAUCUUUUAAAUAUUUCUUAACCUGGCUGGACAAAAUUUUAUUGCACCAGUGAAAUUCCCCAAGUUCUUCCAUACUUUGAAGAGUUUUAAUAAUUCCUGGCGACGCUUUUCCUGAGGGAAGCCAUGCCCUACCACAGAGUCCUUCGCCUGGUCCUGUUAAUGCUGUGUGGCAUCGUGGUGCCUGCUGUGCUUGCAGCAGAGCACCUGCAGGGCCCAGUGCCCACCCUCUGGAACGAGCCUCCCGAGCUGCCCUCUGGAGCUGGCCCCAUGGACACCACCACAGCCCGGCUCUUGGAUGCCACAGCUUUCCCCCCAUACACGUCUGAGCUGGAGCCUGAGGACACCACUCACCUGCACCAACUGGAUGCUGGGGACGGGUCACUGGGACCUGGAGCUAUCGGUGCCAUUGUCAUUGCCUCCCUCCUGGGCACCUCUGUGCUUGUGGCCUUGGUCAUCAUCAUGCUGAGAAAGUUCUCUGCCUCCUGAACUCAAUAAAAGAUUUC